CGGAGGCCAUCUUGUGGCCGCUCCGCCCGGCGCCCGCCCGGGGAGCCGGCCCCGCCGUCGCCUAGCAACGGCGGCGGAGCGGGAAGUACAGAAGGGGCACGUGAAUUCCUAAUUUAGAAGCCAAGAUGCAGAUGUUAAUGCCCAAACCUCAGAUUUUUGUGGAAAGAACUCUGGCCCUCAUCAAACCAGAUAUUAUUGAUAAAGAAGAAGAAAUAGAGGAUCUCAUUCUCCGAUCAGGAUUCCUGAUUGUUCAGAAACGGAAACUCCAGUUAAGCCCAGAGCAAUGUAGCAACUUUUAUGCAGAUCAAUAUGGAAAAGUUUUUUUUCCUAAUUUAACAGCCUAUAUGAGUUCUGGACCUUUAGUUGCUAUGGUUCUUGCCAGACAUUGUGCAGUCUCCUACUGGAAGGAAUUGCUUGGACCAUCAAACAGCAUAAAAGCUAGGAGAACUCACCCUCACAGCUUAAGAGCAAUCUAUGGGACUGAUGAUCUGAGGAAUGCACUUCACGGCAGUCUCAACAUUUUCUCAGCAGAAAGAGAAAUUCGAUUCAUGUUUCCAGAAGUGAUCUUGGAGCCAAUUCCAGCUGGACAAAGAGCUAGGGAUUACCUGAACCUUUAUGUAAAGCCAACGUUACUAGCUGGGCUCACUGCACUGUGUAAAGAGAAGCCAGCAGAUCCAAUGAUAUGGCUUGCUGACUGGUUGAUUGAACACAAUCCUAAUAAACCUAGGCUACAACAUCAGAUCACUGAAGAACAGCAUCAGGAGUGAGACUUCAGUGGAAACCAUCUCAAGCAUUCCAAGUUACAGAUGUAUAUUAUAAUUUUCAGUGUAUCCCUUGGCUAUGUAAUCAAUAUUUGAAGUAAAUGUUAUUGUCACAGCUACCUAUGUCUUCAUGGGAUAAAUAACCUUACAUUUAACAAGGAUUUAAUAGUUCUAGUAGCCUUUCUAUUGACAAAGUGAAUGUAGAAUUACAUGAUAAAUUUAUUGUGUAAGGUGACUAAAAAAAGACAAAAUUCCCAUCAGAUGUGACUUAACAGCUAUUUUCUCCAUUUAUCUUGGUCUGGCUGUCUGGGGAGAACCAAAUUAUUUACACGAGUGCAGAUUCUCAGAUGGCAUACAGCUGGCCUGUGCUUUGUGUUUCAGUAUUUUUUUAACAGACACAAAUUACAUUAUGAAGGGAGGUACUUGGAUGUAACUUAAAAAACAGUUACUGGAGGCAUAUCCCUCUUUAGAAUUUUAAUUGCUGAUUGUAUCACCAAGCUAAGGUCACUCUUGAAGAUGAUUCACUUGAUUGAGCCUGAAGUAUUUUGUCAGAGUGUAAUUUGAAAGACUUAUUUGAAGGCACAUUGAAUGUACCAUUCCCAUCUCAGUGGCGAAAGGCACAGUGAUUAUAAAUUAGUCUUUGAUUUCCAUUAGAAGUCACAAGAAAGUAUAUUUUAGUCAAGGACUAAUGCUGUCUUUCAACAUUUGUUUGAAAGAAGGGUGCUUAAUGGGAACAGCUCACCUUAAGGGUGUCCGCUGUGUUCUUGUGCUCUUAUAAAGGUAUGCUGAUGUCCAUUGUUUUCCUUGUAUUGUUGUUUACCCUUGAACUUUGAUGUGUUCUAUUUGAGAAUUUCAAGAGAAUGGGUUAGGGGCCAUGCUAUUCAUGAGGCAAUGAAUUAAUUCCCAACUUCAGAAAAGGUAAAAGUAACUAGACUGUUUUUUGCAGGGACAUGGAGCUUUUUCAUUUUCUUAAGAACUGUACUUGCACUGUUAACUUCAUGCUUUAUGUCUUACGGGUGGAGAAAACAACAUAAUUUUCACAACUCUGAAAUAUUAGUAUGCUUGACUAAUACUAAACAAACAAGCAAUUUCAUAAUUUGUUUCAUGAAAAAACUUACUCUCCCAAGUUGAGUAAUUACUAGAAGCAUAAGUCAUUUGUCCGUAAUGUUAAACUUUGCUUAAGUUAAUUGUUUAUCUUCUCAGUGGAACAAACCACUAUUGCCAGCCCAGAGAAUAAACAUUUAGAAAACUGGUCCUUACAGUACUGAGACGUAAAAAUCUUGGGACUUUUAAUGGAAUUAAAAAAAAAAAAAAAAGGCAAGCCUAAACCCUCAGAUAUGAUGAAAAAUAAAAUGAGGUGGCUCGAAACACAGUAAACAGUUCUGUUUACAACUGAUUUAUUUUGCCUAUAGUUAUUGUCCCCUUACAUGUCUGAUUGCUUCAAUUACAGGACAGUUGCACUUUGUAGUUUCCUGUCAGCCAAACCAAAAAUUUAUUUUUUGAAGAUGUCAGAAACUAAAAUCAGAGGAAUUCACAAGACAUUGCCCUAUAUUCUGUUAGUUACUAUGGCAUUUACUUACUUAUUUUGAAGUGGUAAUGCUUGACAAUAAAUAUUUCCUUUAUGUUA